CCCUUGUUUGUGGUAAGAGGCUCAAAUGAUGCAGAAAAAAAUCUUGAUGCGGGGUCUGAGUUUCCUCUGCUCCUUGAACAAAACCCCUUCAUUUUGCAUUCAUAAGUUUUAUUAUACAUCUAAAUCCGACUCCUCUUCUGAAAACCCUAAUCCUCAUCAUUCUGAAAACGAAAUCCACGACGUUGACGAUGUCAGCAGUGCAGAGCUUAAAACACAAAUAGACAAGUUUUACAAGGGUGAUUUUGAAGCAAUACCAACCAUUUUUGAAUCUAUAUUAAAAAGGAAGUUAGCAGGAAAUCAUGAAGAUUCAGAUGAUGAAUUGAUGAAUGAGUUUCGAGAGGGCCAACCAAAUGUAGUUAUUGAUGAAGAGUUUGAUUCCAGUUCCACUUCAGAUUCUGAUGAAUAGGGUAGUGAUGCUAUGCUUGUUAAUGUGUGUGUGAGAGCUCACCAGUUAUUGUUUAGUUGCACACAUUUUUGUGUUGGAAAAUAUUAUGGGUUAUUUCAAGACUCAUCAGGUCAGAUAAUACAUUCUUACAUCAGUACGCAGACAUAUAAAUUGCUAAAUCAACUUGUGGGUUUAUUUCAUUGUUUUUUUUUACACUUUA